GCAGACGAGCCCAGAGGCGAAAUCCCUGGCUCUACCCCUAGCUGCCUCCCGCUAGGGGAGGAUGCGGAACGGGAUAUCCUUGGCUUUACUGCAGUGCUCUCUCAUCGUCCCUCUGGGCUUGAGCUUGUCAGUCGUUCCCUGGCGACGACACACAGACGACCCAUUGUCGAACGCUGUAUCGUCGCUGUAUCGUCGCUGUAUCGUCGCUGCAUCGUCGCUGUAUCGUCGCUGUGCCGUCGCGCGCUGCUUGGUUCAAAUCAAUCCGUCCGUCGCCAUGGCAGCGCGUGCGCCGUGCGUGCGUCUGCUGGUCCAUCUCGACCCCUUCGCCACCACGCACAUCAACUACACCCACCUGCGCCGACAAGCCGCUUCUGCAGCGGCCGCUGCGCCUCCUCCGCUCGGCGCGGAGCCAUCGGCGGAAGGCGCGGGGAAUGGUGGCGGCGGCGGUAAGGCGGAGGCGGAUCGCCCCGCAGAGAAGGGCGCCGGCGGAGAAGAGAGCGCGAAAGGCGAUGUGCCGCCGGGAAAUGCGGCAAAUCAGGCCGCCGCGCGCAGCAGGGAAGCGGCGAAGGCCGCGCUGCCGCUGGGCGAUCCGCUGCCCGAGGCGAGGAACCGCUUCAGCGCCGUCAUCGAUAAGAUCUCCCGACUGUACGCGGGCGCGGACAGCGACGACGAUGACGACAUGCCCAACGCGCCCACGGCAGCAGCAGGGGGGCAGCGGCGCCACAGGGAACAGAGGGGCAGCGCACGGAGGGUGCAGCGAGAGGCGGCGAGGGGGCAGGGGGAGAAGAGGAGGAGCGGUGGGAGGGGUGGGAGGAGGAGGAGGAGGAGGAGGAGGCAUACUCAGAGGGGUACGACACAGACGACCCCUUCAUCGAUGACUCGGACCUGGGAGUAUUUCUCGUCCAAGCGGACGUCAAAGCGCGCUGGCUUCUUUGUCAACAGAGCAGGCUCUGACGAUUCCCCUGCCAGCCCCUCCUCUCCUGCCACGUCACCACGCCCAUCAGCAGCAUCGCCUGCGUGCACCAGCGCGCCACUUCCCUCUUCCUCGCUGCGCGGCACGCUGCGGGGUGUCAAGCAGGCGGCGCGCGCAGCGGCAGCAGGGGGGCCGUCGAAGCCGCGGCGGCUGCACAAGUCGCAGCGCCUGCCGCAGCUGGGGGCAGAGGGAGGGGGCGAGGGAGGGGAAGGGGGUCCGCUGCUGCUGAUGCUGGUGAAAGUGGUGGUGCUGCUGCUGUUGCUGAGUCCCAUGGCCGUCCGCAGCAGCAGCAGCAGCAGCGGAUAGGCAGCGAUGCUGGCGGCUCGUCUCCUGCCGCUGGUGGUAGCGGCGCUGCAGGCAGGGAAGAGAGCAUACCGUGACUGGGAGGGUGGAGACAGGACGAGGUGGUGCACGGGUGGCAGGGGACAGCAGGAGGAGAAGGGGUGUGAGUGAGUGGGGGAAAGAUGAGGAGGCGAGCACACACGUGGCGAGGAACUGAGCCGUGACUGGCAAGUCAGGUUCCCUUUUGCCAUGCGAGUGACAAAUUCAUCUGGCCGUGUUUACAUGUUGCGCUGUUUGACUCAAUAGCUACUACUCUGCAUGACCAUUCCAGUGCAAACCUUCUCCUUGGAAUCAGGGUCCUAGAUUGCCUUGGAACACUUUCUAAGCGAUCAGAGGGGCGGAUUUUUUAUUUCUGAUUUCCCAGACGAAGUGAAAGACGAAUUCUAAAUAUUCAGACGAGUC